AUGGAGAGGCUCUUGCCCCGCUCCCACCUGGCCCCCGCCACCGGGUCAGAGCGGGACAUCCAACGUGAGAAAUUUGUUGUCCCCAAAAGGCCCCUCCUCACUAAAUGCCGGCUCACCAGCGGCGCCCGACAGCCACGAGCAGGGCACCGUUGUGCCGAGAGCAGCUGUGACGCAAAGCGACAGUUUCCUGCGGCAGUGCUCGGGUGGCGGGCUGGCAGCCGAGCAAAUCGAUGUGAAGAGAAACCAGCUUCUGCUUGCUCUAUCUUGGACUGUGUUUUUCACACCUCAUAUGCAGCUUCUCUGACCCAGGCAGCUGGAAUUGAGGUGACAUCUCUGCUUUUCUGUUCCUUCCAGGAUCUAAAAGAGAAGAAGGAAGUUGUUGAAGAAACAGAAAAUGGCAGAGAUGCACCGGCCAACGGCAACGCUGAGAACGAGGAAAACGGAGAGCAGGAGGCUGACAACGAAGUAGACGAAGAGGAAGAGGAAGGUGGUGAGGAAGAGGACGAGGAGGAAGAGGGUGAUGGUGAGGAAGAGGAUGGUGAUGAAGACGACGAAGCUGAGGGAGCCACAGGCAAACGGGCAGCUGAGGACGAUGAGGACGACGACGUUGAUCCCAAGAAGCAGAAAACCGAUGAAGAUGACUAGGCAGCAAAUUAUUAUUAUUUUUUUUUUUAAAUAAGGAGGAAAACAAACCAA